AUGGAGCCAGAGCUCUCGCCCGAGCUCACAACAAUGCCCCUUGGGGAGAAUGGGAGUGCCCACCUGGUGCCCGACACAGCCCUGCUGCCCCCAGAGAAGGGCAUGGCCAUGUUCAUCAUCCGUUGUGUGAUCCCAUCGCUUUACCUCCUCAUCAUCACUGUCGGCUUGCUGGGCAACAUCACACUUAUGAAGAUCUUCAUUUCCAACAGUGCCAUGAGAAGUGUGCCCAACAUCUUCAUCUCCAGCCUUGCAGCUGGUGAUCUGCUGCUGCUAGUGACCUGUGUCCCCGUGGACGCCUCCCGGUAUUUCUCUGAGGAGUGGCUCUUUGGGGAGCUGGGCUGCAAGCUCAUCCCUGUCAUACAGCUCACCUCCGUUGGUGUCUCCGUCUUCACUCUCACUGCCCUCAGUGCUGACAGGUACAAAGCAAUUGUAAAUCCCAUGGACAUCCAGACCUCCAGUGCAGUGCUAUGGACCUGUCUUAAAGCCGCUGCCAUCUGGGUAAUCUCCAUGCUCCUAGCAGUUCCUGAAGCAGUGUUCUCCGAACUGGCUCACAUCAAUGACACAGAUAAUGCCACUUUCACAGCGUGCAUACCAUACCCCAUGACAGAUGACAUGCACCCAAAGAUCCAUUCUGUGCUGCUUUUCCUUGUAUAUUUCCUUGUGCCUCUUGUGAUUAUUAGUAUCUACUACUAUCAUAUUGCAAAGAGUUUAAUAAAAAGCGCUCACAACAUCCCUGGAGAAUACAGUGAGCAUUCCAAAAGACAGAUGGAAACUCGGAAACGUCUGGCAAAAAUUGUUCUAGUUUUUGUUGGCUUCUUUGCUAUCUGCUGGUUUCCUAACCAUGUGCUAUACAUGUACCGAUCUUUUCAUUACAAUAAGAUUGAUCCAUCAACAGGACAUAUGGUUGUUACCUUAGUGGCCCGAGUGCUAAGCUUCUGCAAUUCUUGUGUCAACCCAUUUGCAUUGUAUUUUCUCAGUGAGAGUUUCAGAAGGCAUUUCAACAACCAGCUUUGCUGCAGGAAGAAAGCUCAGCAAGAGAGAUCUGCCAGCUACUUGCGCAACUCUUCUGCCAUUCAAAUGACUUCCCUGAAAAGCAAUACCAGGAACACAGCAACUACCAUGACACAACUGAAUGGGCACAACUUGAAACAAGAAAUGUCAUUAUGAUUUAACAUGUGUAAUUUUUGACUGUGAAACAAAUUUGAACAUUUUAUUUGAAGUUUGUAACUCACUUUUGGCUCUCGUGAUUAGACUGUCUAAGUACUCAAAAUAGAGGUUCUCUCAAAGCCUGACCAGUAUCAGAUUAUCUCACACCUAGUCUGACUCUUAGAUAGAAAUGAGCAGUACAUUUUAUUGAGAAACCAAAACUGACUGGUGUUACACUGUACUUUAAAGGACAUGCUAGUAUGUGUUUAACAUGAAGGAAAGCAGCAAAUAUAAUAUUGCUUUAAAAAGUUUAGAUUUUCUGAUUUGAAAAAAUAUGUAUUUUCAACUGAAUAUUGAUCCACGUUUAUGUUUUACUCUAGUAGAUUUUGCAUUAUUUUAGCUGUGUGGUAUCUACAAACAUUGCUCAUUAAGACUGUUAGGCAUUUUGGACUCAAUUAAAGGGCCAUUGCAACACAUAAAUUCUAGUUUCAGACAAAAAAGUAUUCAAGUAUCGAGUGCCAGAUUUUUACCUCAUUGAAAUCCACCUUGUUUGUUCACUUUGGUAGACAUACAUGAUGAGAUUUUACUCUUUGAAGCUUCUGUUUGCUGCUGAGGUCAGAAGUUUAUCUGCUAAAAUUUCAUUCUUUUCAUGGUUAACAUAUCAAAAGAAAAAUGUGUGCAACAUGCAGGUUUUCUAGAACUCAGUGUCUGAAAGUUCAUUUCUCUGACUGUUAAGACUGUGGCACCAUUGGUUUAGAGUUUCUACAUGCUAUAUAUUUGCUGCUAACUGAUGUUGUUGAUAUCAGUACACAGCUAAGAAGGAUGCUAAGUGUACUGGGAGGGUUGAACAUUCAAGAAGGUAAAAUUCUGAGUGGCUGCUUCACAGGGAUUCUGUGGCAAGUCUUCAUACAGCUCAGCAAGAUCUCAGAGUGCAGAACCCAGAUUAAUACCAGACAAAACCAAUCUGAAGGAUGCCAUGCAGGAGCGCACUCAACAUACUCUGAUCGCUAAGGAUCAUCCAGACCAUGAGCCAGACAAGUCCUAGUCUGAAACAACUCCCAACUAAUGACACAUGGGUGGCUGGCAUGAGUAGCUGGCAUUGGUUGCUCAGUACCAGCUGUUUGCUUUCUGUGUUUUAAGCACAUGUCUUAUGAGGAAUUGCUGAAUGAGCGGGAGUUAUGUAGUCUGGAGAAAAGGAGGCUCUGGGGGACCUUAUCAGUCUCUAAAACUCUGUGGAAGGAGGUUGAAGCCAGGUGGGGGUGAGUCUCUUCUUCCAAGUAAUAACUGACAGGCCGAGAGGAAAUAGCUUCAAGCUGUGUCAGGGAAUGUUUAGAUUAGAUUUUAGGAAAAAUGUUUUCACUCAAAGGGUGAUCAGGCAUAUUAGAAUAGGCUACCUAGGUAAGUGCUGGAGUCACCAUCCCUGGAAAUGUUCAAAAAGAGUGUGUAUAUAUCAGUUGGGGAUAUGGUUUAGUGGUGAACAUGGUGGUGCUAGG